AUGUCAUUCCGCAAGCGGAACAUAGGGCUUUCGACCGGAACACAGCGCACGGCUGGUCCCCAUGGUCCCACGAAAGAUGUAGCUCAACAUCCGGUUCUUGGCCUCCGCCCGUCGCCUGUGGAUGGUCGACAAACCACCUCUACUGGCACCCCCACCUUGGACAACUUGCUUGCAGGACACGCCGGACUCGCCCUCGGGUCCUCUCUGCUAGUUGAAGAGAGCGGUACUACGGAUUUCGCUGGCGCAUUGUUGAGGUAUUAUGCGGCGGAAGGGAUAGUUCAAGAGCAUCAACUCCAUGUGGUGGGGUUUGAUCCGCAAUGGGCAGCAACCCUUCCUGGUCUGGUUGGGGCAGCAGAGGCCGCAGAUGAAAAGCCCAGAGAAAAAGGUGAAAAGAUGAAAAUUGCAUGGAGAUAUGAAAAGUUGGGGGAUUUCGGCGCAGGGAUAACUCCGUCGAGAGCACCCACUGCCGUUGCAGACAAAAGCGAUCCUUCGGCUGCACCCCAAGCCGUACCUGCAGUAUUUUGCCACGCGUUCGACCUGACAAAACGCCUAACGCAUCCCGGAAUGUCGUCCGUAAAUUUUAUACCGCUCUCCCCUCCAACUCUCCAAAGCUCCCCGCUUGCAUCAGUUGGUCAAAGGCUAUCUCAAGCGAUAUCGAGUUCUCCCCCACAUACAAUCCACAGAGUAAUCAUCCCGUCACUCCUUUCUCCCGCUCUCUAUCCGCCCCAAGCUAGUAAGCCAGAAUGUGUCCUACAGUUCCUACAUUCAAUUCGGGCGCUGUUAUCCACACACUCUAAUCGCAUGACGGUGAUGAUAACUCUGCCACUUUCUCUUUAUCCACGGUCAUCCGGCCUUGUGCGUUGGAUCGAACUUCUAACCGAUGGCGUCAUCGAGCUCGCUCCCUUCCCCCAUUCGGCGCAUUCAAAUCCAUCUACCACGUCGGGUGCCGCCACUGCGCAGGAAGAGCCUCCACAGGGGAUGCUAAAAAUCCACCGGCUACCGGUCUUCCACGAACGAGGCGGCGGAGGUGACAAGAACAUGGGUGAGGAUUGGGCCUUUACUUUCAGCAGAAGGAAGUUCACAAUCAAGCCGUUUUCACUACCCCCCGUAGACGGGGAUAAUGAAGCACAGCAAGGCGCUCCUUCAUCCGGGAAAAGCAAAGCAGACCUCGAAUUCUGA